GGGCGGGGCCGGCGGCUCGCGCAGGUCUGCUCCCCGCGGCGGCACGGCGCUGCGCGACGAAGAUGGCGGCCUCCGGUUGGGCCCGUGGCGCUAUGGUCCUUCUCUGUGGCUCUGAACUGCUGCUGCUCCUGCUGCUGCCGCUGAGGGCCUUCGCCGCUGAGGGCCCAGCCGAGACGCCCGGCGAGGCCACCCCACCUCUCCGGAAGAAGAAGGAUAUUCGCGACUACAAUGACGCGGACAUGGCUCGUCUUUUGGAACAGUGGGAGAAAGAUGACGACAUAGAAGAAGGAGAUCUCCCAGAGCACAAAAGACCCUCUGCACCUAUAGACUUCUCACAGAUAGACCCGGGCAAGCCUGAGAGCAUAUUGAAGAUGACAAAGAAGGGCAAGACUCUCAUGAUGUUUGUCACUGUAUCAGGAAGCCCCACGGAGAAGGAGACGGAGGAAAUCACGAGCCUCUGGCAGGGCAGUCUUUUCAACGCCAACUACGACGUCCAGAGGUUCAUCGUGGGGUCAGACCGUGCCAUCUUCAUGCUGCGUGACGGCAGCUACGCCUGGGAGAUCAAGGACUUCUUGGUCAGUCAAGACAGGUGUGCCGAUGUAACUCUGGAGGGACAGGUGUACCCUGGCAAAGGAAGAGGAAGCAAAGAGAAAAAUAAAACCAAGCAAGAGAAAGGCAAAAAGAAGGAGGGGGGAGAGCCGAAACCUCGGGCUUCGAAGGAAAGCAAUCGAGCUGGGAGUAAAAGGGAAGAGCUGUAGUGGGGCAGCUGCGGGCUCUGCAGAGGAGCGCGGGGAGCUCAGCCAGGGCGCGUGGGCCGGGGGCGGGCGUGGGAACCACACAGCCAGGAGUUCUCUGCUGGAAAAGGUCUGCCACAUGACCAGUUUCUGGUCAGUGUAAGAGUUACUGUUUAAAAGGCUUCGAGUCGGAAGACAGAGGUUUUGUAAUUAACAUGGGACACUGACAAAUUCACGUUUACUGUAAAAUCACUUGAAAUGGAAACCUGGCAGUGCCGCUGUCUCCCGUAAAUGUGGGGAGUCUCUGGCUGGACUGUGGCACCGCUUCCUUCGCUGCACCUGCUCUCAUCCGGCAGCCUGCUGUAUCCAUGCUUUUUAUUUCUGUUAACUGAAAGGAUACCAGGUUCUCAUCCGGCAAACUUAAGACUCCUGACUUAAUUGAAUCAGACUCACCAUGCCACAGACAUCACUUCAUUACUGUGAGAUUUAAAACGCUCCACAGGAGCACUGCACGGAGCUCCGGUAUCUAAAUAUACAAUCAGGACGCCAGGACGCUUAAAUCCCAAAUCUGUGCAGAAAAUGCAGAGAACAGAAAAUAAUGCAACUUGGAAAUCCUGAGUAUUCACUUUGAGUUUCUUGGACUUGAAUCCCUCUCGUCAGUUAUAGAGAACUCUUGGUAUCUGUCAGGUUUUAUGUGGUCUGUAAGUCCAGGUGUUCUGUCAGAAUAUAACUUUAUUUAGGAAAGAGUAAUGCCGCUGUUGAGAGUUGUGUGUUCCAUUUAAUGUGAUGAUUUUCAAGGGUGUAAAUCGGGCAUCAGCAGAGUUCUUUGCAGAGUGUAGCAGAAGACUCAAUAACCUCAUUCACUUCUAAACAUUUUUCUUUGAUAAAGUGCCUAAAUUUGUGGUGUUUUUGUAUGGUACUAAUAUGAUGUGCUACCUGUUACUGUCUGAUGUUGCUAUUCAUACGUCACAGCCUACUCGAAGAGUUACAGAAUUUAUACACAGGUGUCAUUUUUAAGAACUAAAAAUUAUUUAUUCAAAAAGGCUUCCAUUGUGAUUUUAACAAAUUAAAAACAGCACGCACACGGUUACAAAACGUCAUCGUUAAAGAAUGGUACAAAGCAAACAGGCUUGGCCUCCCCUGCUGCCACUGCCUUGUCCCAGUGGAAGCUACUGUUAAUUUGUUUUCAAAAAGGAAAGAAAGGUACACUUACUGGUUUAUAGUGAUAUGUAUUUGUCUUGGCCUUACGGCCUCUAUUUCCCCUUCUGUUGGUAACUAUUCAGAUCUCCCCACGGUGAUCCACACCCUCUUCGUUUUCUGUUCUGUGCUGUAGGG